CCAGUUAAAUCAAUCUUAAACUAACCCUGGUUAAUCUCAAUCAUCUUCACAAUCUCUCUCUCCACUGAUUGUCUCCGCAUGCACAACACAGUACACUCUCUCUCUCUCUGUCUCUGUAUUAUUUAUAUAUAUAUAUAUAUAUACCCACAUAAUAAACACCCAAGGCUCAACGCUCUUAUACUCUCUCUUGCUCUUUUAUUUCUCUCUUAAUCUUAUAAUAUAUAUAUAUAUAUAUAUGUUAAAGUGCUGCCAGCCGGAAUGAGCUGCAGCGGUUGCCGGGUUCUUCGAAAGGGCUGCAGCGACAACUGCAUGCUUCGGCAAUGCCUGGAAUGGAUACACGGCCCACAAGCCCAAGCCCAUGCCACUGUCUUUGUUGCCAAGUUCUUCGGCCGUGCCGGUCUCAUGUCCUUCAUCUCCGCUGUCCCCGAGUACCAACGACCCGAUUUGUUUCGAUCUUUGUUAUAUGAGGCGGUGGGACGGACGUUGAAUCCGGUGAACGGAGCGGUGGGGCUUCUUUGGACGGGGAAUUGGAAAGUCUGCCAGUCAGCUGUGGAAACGGUGUUUCGAGGCGGCGAGUUGGGCCCACUUCCGGAGUUUAUGAUCGGAGCAUCAGCUGAGUCAGAAAACGCCUGUUCGGAAUUCUAUCAGAACGACGUCGGAUACGUUACGGUUACACGAACCAAGAAAAGGCCGUUGGAUGAGGUGGCGGAAUCGCAGCCACCAACUGAUGAUGAUGAGCUGGAUCUGUGCUUGAUGACGAGGGCGAAGCCAAGAGAGGCCACACCGUCCGACAAGUCCGAAACGACGUCGUUGAGGAGUGGUUCGGCUGACUCUGGUGUUGAAGGAGAUGGAAGAAAACUACUCAGAUUGUUCAUAUGACGACGGCGAAGUCAAGUUGUUUUUUUUUUUUUUU